GGAAGUGGCGGGUGCGCAGGCGCUGAGCGCGCAUUCGGGUUCCCGGUGCGGCGAUGGCGGUAGUGACGCAUUCGCUUACCAGAAAGACUGGCUGGACACUGAAUGUUAAUGAAUAGCUGAGCCCAGUGGCUCAUUUGCCCCUCUUUUUGAAGAUGAAUCCCAACAAUCCUUUUCAUGGACAGCAAUCUGGGAUUUUCCAGUCACCUUCUAGUAGUUCUGUAGGAACGUUUCAGGCUCCACCACGAUUUCGAUUUGGUCAGUCCUCAGUGUUUGGACAUAGCAGUGUAGGAACAGUACAGAACCCAGGUUUUGUGCCACCUGGCUUUCCUCAGCCUUCAGGGUUAGGCCAUGCCUCUCCAAGGCAAACCUUGGGGUUUGGGCCAGCCUCUGGGUUUAUACCAUCUUAUGGGCUUGGACAGGCUGCACAUUUUGUGCCUGCUUCUGCGCCAACUAGCUCUUCCAUCGCUAUUGACCAAGGAUUCAGUUUUAAACCACCAACUAAUCUUGGGACUUUUCAGAGUCCUCCUAACUUUGGGGUUGCAACUGGAGAAGCUUCAAGUAGUGGCUCUGUGGGAUCUGAGUUCAGCUUUAAAACACCAGAAAAUGCAAUGUUUAAACCAAUCCUUGGUGCUGUUUCUGAACCAGAGAAAGCACGAAACCAAAUCAUCACAGCACCUUUCACAUUUUCCCAUCCAGGGAGUAGUGGACAUGGAGGAUUGGCUCCUUUUGGCCUUUCUCAGGAGACUAGUAGCUCAGGUAACAGUACAAAUUUCAGUUUUUCAAAACCAGUUACCAGCACUAAUUUGCCAUCUUCCUUUGCCUCCGUCUUACCAAGCAAAACAACAGAGGAUGAGAAAAGGGGGCCAAAGCCACUUUUUGGAAGCCCUAGUAGCAGUUUCACUACUUUUUCUAGCUCAUCUGCUGGGUCGUUGGCUUUGGGAGAAAACUUCCAAGUCAGUAAAGCAACUAAAUUAGAACAUGAAGAUCUUCAGACUGAGCCACUUCCCAGUCUUGUAAAGGGAAUGAAAAGAAAAGAGGAACAAGAUCAUUCUCCAAGCAGACAAGAUUAUGAUUGUGGAGAGGAGUCUGAGCUUGCAUCUAAGAGUGACCGUCCUCCAGACAAGCGACCUGUUAGAUUAAACCGGCCUCGUGGUGGUGGCUUGUUUGGCCGAACAUUACAAGAUGUGUUGAAAAGCAAUAAAGAUGGUGGACGUAUUAAGAAAGAGACAAAAAAGGAAAGGGUCUCUUUGGAAUCUGGAGAAAUCGAACCAGUGGCUUCAUCUGGCUCAGGUCAACAUGUGUUUGCAAUACCACAGUCCUCAACCCCAUUAAAAGAGGAAGACUUUAAAGAGAAAACAAAGGAAGAUUCUGUUGUUGGAACUCCUGCACGUCGAAAUCGAAGUAGCGAUAGCGUAGACAGUCUCGGGGGUUUAUCACCAAACGAACUCACAUCAAUCCAGUUGAAAAAUGUCCCUGAGUUCCUUAAUGACAGAAAUGUUCUUGAGAAAUAUUUUGGUCAUAUUGCAAAAGUCCGGCGGAUAUUCACCAGGCGCAACAAAAAACUCGCUAUUAUUCAUUUUUUUGAUCAUGCAUCUGCAGUUAUGGCUAGGAAGAAGGCAAAAGGAUUUAAUAAAGAUAUAGUAACAUUUUGGCAUAAGAAGAAAACAGGUCCUGCUAAGAGAGAAUUUUCACCCAAGGAAAAAGCAGAUGAAGGUGAAGGAAGACAAAGCAAUGAAGAACAGAGCUAUGAACAUUCCCCUCUUCGCAAAUCUUUAAUAAGAUCCUCUGCUGGUAGCAGCCUGCCAAGUAAAAGUUCUCCAGCUAAGAAAUCUGCUUUUAUAAAGUCACUGCAAUUUGAAGCAGACCCAUUUGAUUCUGGGUCUGAAGGACAGAUCUCUGAGAGUUUGGGAACAUCAGCGUCUUCUCUCAGUAACUUAAUAGGAUCAGUAGCAGAGACUUCUGAAGAAAAAUAUCGCCUUCUGGACCAACGGGAUAAAAUCAUGCGGCAAGCCCGAGUAAAAAGGACUGAUCUAGGCAAAGCUAAAACCAUUGUGGGCACAUGCCCAGAUAUGUGUCCUGAAAAAGAACGCUACAUGAGGGAGACAAGGAACCAGCUCAGCAUUUUUGAAGUGAUUCCAGGAUCUGACAAGGUAGACCAUAGAGCAGCAAUAAAGGAAUACAGCAGGUCCUCAGCAGACCAAGAAGAGCCUUUGCCUCAUGAAUUGAGACCUUCAGAGGUGUUGAGUAUGACCAUGGACUAUUUAGUGACACAAAUCAUGGACCAAGGAGAAGGAAAUUACCGGGAGUGGUAUGACUUUGUAUGGAAUAGGACACGUGGAAUUAGAAAGGAUAUAACCCAGCAGCAUCUUUGUGACCCUCUUACUGUAUCUUUGAUUGAGAAAUGCACUCGCUUUCACAUUCAUUGUGCACACCAUCUGUGUGAGGAGCCUAUGUCCUCCUUUGAUGCCAAGAUCAACAAUGAGAAUCUGACUAAAUGCCUGCAGAGCCUGAAGGAGAUGUAUCAGGACCUGGGUAACAAGGGGCUUUACUGCAAGAGUGAAGCAGAGUUCAGAGGGUACAAUGUCCUGCUGAAUCUCAACAAGGGGGAUAUUCUCAGAGAAGUACAGCAAUUUCAUCCUUCUGUUCGGAACUCACCUGAAGUUAGGUUUGCAGUUCAAGCCUUUGCCGCAUUAAAUAGCAACAACUUUGUAAGGUUUUUCAAACUGGUACAAGCAGCUUCAUAUCUGAAUGCCUGUCUCUUACAUUGUUACUUUAAUCAGAUUCGCAGAGAGGCACUUAAGUCUCUCAACUUUGCCUACACUGUGAGCCCUCAACGAUCUACUGUCUUUCCUCUGGAUAGCGUGGUUCGUAUGCUUCUGUUCAAAGAUUGCCAAGAAGCUACACACUUCAUAAAUGAUUAUAGCCUGAAUGUGUCUGAUGGAUAUGUGGAACUGAAUCGCUCAGCUUUCCUGGAGCCUGAAGUAUUGCCCAAACCAAGGAAGUCACUGUUUAUAAAGCAGAAGCUAACUGUGUCAGUUGGAGAAAUUGUACACGGAGGGCCACUACCCCCAGUAGUUCACCACAUACCUAUAUGUAGCUUCAAUGGACAGAACAAAUACACUGGCGGGACUACUACUGUGGAGUCAGCAGGCAGCAGUCAGAAAGCCAGUAUAGAUAUGAAAGUUUUGGUUGUAGAAGGAAGAGCAGAAGAAAAAGGUUUGGAGUCUGAAGUGGCAGUGAUCCGAGUCCAGCCUCCAUGUCAGCCUUUGGCAUCACUGUUAUCUCGUCCUCCUGCACCAUUGCCUCCCUCUGCACAGUCCCCUUUCCAGCCUAUUGUGCAGCCUGAACUUGCUCCUCCAAAACUGGAGCCUGUAUACACAGACAUGGACAUAGCGGAAGUGGUGGAGAACCUUGUGCAGGAUGUCCUCAAAGGAGAAUGUAAAGAAAUUGGCAAAGCAGGACUGGCUUAUGUGACUGCAGCUAUGUGUGCCUCUGAUGCUGCCAUAGAGGAACUUGUGACUGAAGUGACAAUGGAGGUUCUUAGGCAAGUGGCAACAGAUGUAUUCAAUGCGGAAAGGGAACGAGUCCAAGAGGAAAAACGCAGAGUGGAGGAAGAGAGACGGAAGCAAGAAAGAGAACAAUUAAUAAAACAGUUGAGCCAGUCCCUGGGUACAGAGCUGACAGAAGAAGUAGUAAAAGAAAGUGUUCGGGAGACUUCAGCCAGUGAAUUAAAGUGUGCUUUGGAAAGGGAUCGCAGAGCUCGCAUUGCCCGUUGCUCCGAAGAAGUCUGUGCUGACAUCAUGGACCUGUUUCUGGAAGAGGAGAUAUUCCAGAGUGCUAAGGAGACGCUCCAGGAACUCCAGUGCUUCUGCAAAUAUCUGCAGCGAUGGAGGGAAGCAGUAGCGGCACGGAAGAAGCUGAAGCGUCAAAUGAGGGCUUUCCCAGCAGCUCCCUGUUGUGUGGAUCCGAAAAACAAACUGAAAGCAUUAUCCCCCAGUGCUGAGUGUCCCAUUGUGGAAGAGAACCUCGCUAAGAGGAUUGUAAACUUGGGACAUGCAGGAAAGCUGGGCAUCUCCUGCACUAGGUUACGGUGGCUGAGAAACAAGACGAUGCAUCAAAUGAAAGUUCAGUACCUUUACCAGCUGCUGCUCUGUGAUGCUGCCUGGACUCCUCUAGAUCUGCCCUCACUAAUCACUGAACAUAUCCAAGUUCAGCGAGAACAGGUAUUUUGGAAGGUGCUUUUGGUGUUGCCAAGCUAUGAAGAAUAUCCAGCAAAGGAUCCCAGCAGGAUACUAGCAGAUUGGUUGAAAGCCAAAUUUACAGCAGAUACAAGAUGGAAGGCUCAGAGAGAUGUAACCCCCAAUGUAAACGACAGAGUUCAGACGCUUGCAUUAUAUAAUUCUAUUAGUAUGCAAGAAAAUCAGGCUGUGCAUGUCAGUGUGUGCAUAAAGGUGGCUCAUGGCACCCUUAGUGACUCUGAGCUUGAUAUGGCUGAGACACAGAAAGAUCUGCUUGGAACCAGUGGUCUAGUCCUCCUGCUUCCCCCUAAAGUAAAGAGUGAAGAUGUUGCAGAGGAAGAUGUUUAUUGGCUUUCAGCUUUGCUUCAAUUAAAACAACUCCUUCAGGCUAAACCUUUCCACCCCAUAAUACCUCUGGUGGUCCUGGUUCCCAGUCAGGGAGAAGAGGCCACAGAGAAGGAAGUUGAAGAGGGUUUAAUGCUGCAGGAUUUGAUUUCAGCUCAGCUUAUAUCAGAUUACAUUAUUGUUGAGAUCCCAGAUUCUAUCACUGACAUGCAAGGCACCAGAAAGCUCUCUGAUGCUGUGCAGUGGCUAAUUGCCCAGUGUCCCAGUUCCCUAGAACUCUGCAGCCAAACCCUUCUACAGUACAUUGAGGAUGGUGUUAGCCAUGAAUUCAGCGAGCGCUUCUACCAUGAUCGGAGAGAGAGACGUUUGGCUGGCCUGCCCUCUCAGGAGCCUGGUGCCAUCAUUGAUCUGUACAAUAGUGUGCUGCAGUUUCUGGCUGGUGUGGCUUCCUCAGAACAGGUCUGUGACCUGUCCUGGCCUGUCACUGAAUUUGUGGAACCUGGGGGCAACAAGCUGCUUCCUCAUCUGCAAUGGAACACAGCGGAUCACCUGGCCUGGCUGAAGAAGGCAGUGCUUUCCUUCCAGAUCCCAUAUAUGGACCUUCCUCCUCUUGGUGCUCCCUGGCGACCUGUUUGCUCCAUGAUUUUUCAGUAUGCGUCCCAGAUUGCCAGUUGUCUCCAGACCCAGCCAGUAAUCCAAUCUCAAGUGGAAAAUCUGCUGAGCAAAACUUACUGCAAGUGGAGUGGCAGGCUGUUCGCUAGCUCAGAAGAGGAUGGCCCUUCAGUUGACGACAUCCCUUGGGAUGAUAUCCUGGCACUCUGCAUUGAUCAUAAACUGAGAGACUGGAAACCUCCUAAGGUGCCUGUUGCACCAGAAGCAGUGAGUAAAGAUGGCCAGAUCCAUGUGUACUUCUUCAAGGAACAUUUAAAAAACUUUACUGUCCCUUUUUCAUGGGAACAAGCUACACUGCAAACUCUGAAGGAGAUCCAGCAGGGACAUGGAAGGUCAAGGACAAAGUCUCCUCGGUCAUUUUCAAAACACUCUCCUGUCUCCUUGCCUGCAACUGAACAUGACAUCAGCUUGAGCACACAGUCAGGCCAUGAACUGAGACUUCCCACCGCAGCAGAUCUAACACACACAACCUCAGCCAAGGAGCUCCUCCCAGAGCAUUUGUCUUCUCAACUGCAGCUGGAGAAAAUUGAGAGCAAGAGGUUUGAAGAACAGCUGCACCAGUGGUUAGCUGAAGACACUGGACAACUCACAGACUCCUUGUCUCUUCCCUUCUAUCUCCCCCAGACACUGGUUGCUACACCUCAGAUUAUCCAUCCACUCAUUAAAACUUCCACACCCUGUAUCCCACAGGCUGGGAAUCAGGUGGAGGAGAAGAAGACAGCAGAGGGGAUGGGAACUUCUCUGUCAGACAAACUAAAACACUUGCAAAGACUGAUUAGAGCUAACAAGGAGGAGCAGAUUGCCUGUGAGCUUCACUUCUCUGCUGUGUUGGACAUGACAGAUAUUUGACUGGGGCUGAAACCACAAUGUGGAGCAAAAGAUCUCACAAAGGAGCCUAGGCUAUACACAUGUAAACCGCAGGAGUCUGCUCUCCUCCUUUCUAGACAUCCUAGAAAAAAUAUUUGACCAGGAAAGUUCUAGCGUGUCACCUUCUCCCAUAGACAAAAGUGAUUUCUCAGUCCUUGCCUAAGCAGCAUAGCCUUGUCCUUGAGUUCACAUUUGGUAUUUAGCUUGUAUUUGGAAGUUCUUGGACUUAUUUGCAGAAAACUGCCAUGUAUUACCCAGUUCAUAGGUUGUGGGUCACAGCUGGCAGAAGUUGAGGUAGUAGCUGAAAGGAGAACAAGAAAAUAUCGCAAGUGGGUUGAAUGAGAGUGUUUUAAUGAAGUGACAUUUGUCUGUGUGAUUUCAGUGAAAGAACAAUGCCAUGAAGUGGGUUGCUCAUAAAUUCAGUAAAGGGUCCUAGCAAGAAGAGAACAAUUUGACUCCAAACUGAACAAUAUAACCAGAAGUUUGUAGACAUUUGAGCAGCUUCGCUGGUGGUAAUGGGUUGUAGAACAUAUUGCUGUUUUUAUUUAGGUAUAGUUACGCUAUGCUUGAAGCAACAUACUAGGGCACAAAUCUUGAUGCCCUGUUUGAGAAAUAUUUGAUGCAUUUUCAUUCUCAGGAAGCCAUAAGAUUCUUCUACUGUUUUGUCCCUGAAUAACGCUUCCUAAGGUAGCUGAAGGGAUUUUGUACUAUUUGAUCUAAAUUCUGUUAUAUUGACAAUUUAUGGCACUGAAAAUAAGCUGAUCUAAUGUGUGGAAAGAGGUGCUGCUAAGAAGCAAGUGUGUGCUGUUUUAUUUUAAAAUAACCGUGGCCUUGGAGAUUUUCUUUUAGAGUAGCUGUUGCUGGGGGGGCACGUAAUUUUUAAGAAGCUAAUUACAUUGAAAGUUACAUAUUUUGGAUGAAAAUAAUACUGGCUACACAGAAAUCGUGUUCAAAUGAUUUUGUGGCUGAACUUUUUUAAUGGACCCUCCUCCCCCCCCCCCGCCCCUUAAAAAUCACAUUCUCAGACUGGUUUUGCUUGGUUCUCCUGAGCAUUGUUCCUAGCAAGUUUGGUAGUCUGCACUUUUUUUUUCCUUCCUCACCAGUCAGAAAUAUGUUGUCUCCUUUUAACACUUUAUUUAAAAUUCUCACUAGUUUCCCAAGGUUUUUACUUUCUUUCCCCAAGUCCCACAUUUUACACUUUUUUGUUUUAGCGUUAAAGCUUUUGUCCUGAAAAAACGCAUACUAAUUAUUUAAGUUAAACAUAAAAGGACUGCUGACAAAAGUGGGACUUGAAACUAAAAAAACUGAAGGGGAGGUUAUGCUUGAAGGCUGUUCCUUCUAGUAAAUCUUCAGACAUCUGUCAAAAUAGAACUUACUUUUGGUUAUUUUUUUAAAUGACCAAAAAGUAAAAUUAACAAGUCUUUAUGUUAUAUUGUUUCCAACAUGUUUUGCUCCCAGUGUUGCUGAUGCACUGUGUUUACACAGAAUAAGUGUAAUGGAAGUCUGUAAAUGGAAUAACGAAAGCCUUGAAAUAUUUUGAGAUCAUGCUUUAGUUGUGUACAAAGGCUGAUGUAAGCUGUUUAUAUCUAAUAAAAUGUGGCUUGAAUAGCA